UUGUGGGACACUGCUACUGCACGAGGCGCGCGAUGAACACCUGUGCGCAUCUCUGCGCCACCGGCACACAGCCCAGGGAUUUCACCUCGUCCGUGAGAGACCAGCGCAAAUCAACCCAAAUAAAACAUCCCGACACUGUUCACCUCUCCCGGAGGGUCGUUUUCCUUCGAGACACGUGGACGAAGCCGUACACAGCAUUAGGUAGAGGCAGACACAAGGACAAAACUCUUUCACCACAAGGAGCCUCGACUGACUGGAUGUCUUCCAAGCGACCAGCCUCUCCAUAUGGGGGAACAGAUGGAGAGGUAGUCAUGGCGACGAGCAGACAGCGAUUGGAGGAUGAAGAGGUUGACGGACAUGCUGUCAUUCACUUGCCCCUGAGUACGUACUGCAGAAAAGUGUCCCCGCGAUCUCCGCGACUGCUCGACAGCCCCCCAACACUACACGCGAACAUGGAUCAGGAUGGCAGUAAAGGCCUGGCCCUGAGCCCCUACCCUCAGCACAACUCUUCUACCUCACCCAGUAAGCAGCAGCAGCAGCAGGAGGAGGGGUCCAUGCGGCCGGGGAGCGAGCCCAGCUCCGCUUCAGCUCUGGGCACCCCGGAGAGACGCAAGGGCAGCCUGGCCGACGUGGUCGACACGCUCAAACAGCGCAAGAUGGAGGAACUCAUCAAGAACGAGCCAGAGGAGGCCCCCAGUAUUGAGAGGCUGUUGUCUAAGGACUGGAAGGACAAGAUAUUGGCCAUGGGUUCUGGCAACUUUGGAGAGAUCAAAGGCACCCCGGACAGCCUGGCGGAGAAAGAGCGCCAGCUGAUGGGGAUGAUUACGCAGCUCAGCAGUCUCAGAGAGCAGCUACUGGCCGCCCAUGAGGAGCAGAAGAAAUUGGCCGCUUCGCAGAUCGAAAAACAGCGCCAGCAAAUGGAGUUAGCGAAACAGCAACAGGACCAGAUUGCACGACAACAGCAGCAACUUCUGCAGCAACAACACAAAAUCAACCUCCUGCAGCAACAGAUCCAGCAGGUCCAGAGUCAGUUGCCUCCACUGAUGAUACCCGUGUUCCCUCCAGAUCAGAGAACUCUGGCAGCCGCUGCAGCACAUCAAGGAUUUCUACUUCCUUCGGGGUUCAACUACAAACCAGGCUGCAGUGACCCUUACCCUUUACAGCUAAUCCCUACGACUAUGGCAGCGGCUGCUGCGGCGACGCCUGGCCUCGGCCCUCUUCAACUGCAGCAGUUGUAUGCAGCUCAGCUAGCUGCCAUGCAGGUGUCUCCAGGGGCCAAACACAGCACAGUGCCUCAGGCCAACCUGGCAACCGGAACACUCUCGCCCACCAGCGGCCAGAGCGAGAAAAACAGAAGCACCCCGCCACCAAAGCCCAAGGACGAGGGCGCUCAGCCCUUGAAUCUGUCGUCCAAGCCUAAGGCAUCCGAGAGCAAGUCACCCACCUCCCCCGCUUCCCCACAGGUCCCUGCCCUGAAGCUGGGCCCCGGGUCCCUGAAGCACAGUGCCCCCUCCAGCAUCGGAGGACCGCCGUCCAGACUCAGCUCCAUAGACCUACUGUCGUCCAUCACCUCCGGCGGCUACCUGAACGACCAUGAGGCAGUGACCAAAGCUUUCCAGGAGGCCCGACAGAUGAAGGAGCAGCUAAAGAGAGAACAGCAGGUUCUGGACGCCAAAGUAGCGGCUGUCAACAGCCUGAGCCUCAACAACGGUCGCUCAGAGAAGGAUAAAGCCGCUCUUGAAAGCCUGAGCCAACAGUUAAAACAGUCUGAAGACAGCAAGUUCACUCAUGCAAUGAUGGACUUCGGCAUCAGUGGCGAUUCAGAUGGAAGCCCAAGUGUGUCAGACUCACGGAUCUUCAGGGAGGCUCGAGGACGUGGCAGCAGCGAACCGCACAUCAAGCGGCCCAUGAACGCCUUUAUGGUCUGGGCUAAAGACGAGAGGAGGAAGAUCCUUCAGGCUUUCCCUGACAUGCACAACUCAAACAUCAGCAAGAUCCUUGGUUCUCGUUGGAAAGCCAUGACCAACCUGGAAAAGCAGCCAUAUUAUGAAGAACAGGCCCGUCUUAGUAAGCAGCACCUAGAGAAAUAUCCAGACUACAAAUACAAACCACGACCCAAACGCACCUGCCUAGUGGACGGAAAGAAAUUGCGCAUUGGUGAAUAUAAGGCCAUCAUGCGCAACCGCAGACAGGAAAUGCGGCAGUACUUCACCGUAGGGCAGCAGGCCCAGUUGCCCUUGUCCUCAGCGGGCGUUGUGUACCCAGGCGCGCUCUCUAUGGCAGGAAUGCCCUCUCCACAGAUGCCCUCUGAGCACUCGAGCAUGUCUAGUAGCCCCGAACCAGUCCCACCCAGCAGCCAGCCCUCUUACCUCACACACAAGAGGGAGGGGCCUCGCAUUAAGGAGGAGCUCCGAAUGGAUGACGGCAACGGCGACGCCUAUGAUGAAUUCGACUACGAAGACGAUGACGGGGACUAUGGCACUGACAGCGAGAAUCACAUCACUCAGUAAACCUGCCAAUCACAGCCAU